CAUCGAUUCGGACUACGCUACGGACACAUACUACGUACGACCUCACGAAGAAAACGUUGAGCGGGACGCGAUAUGUCGAGCAAUUCGCCACGGGGCAAUUAUGCGCUACGGACAUUCACUCGGAUUCCUAUCUCUUGGGAUUUCCCCAAAGAAGCGGACUCCAAGAUCCCGAAGGUAACAGCAGGUCAGGAAGCGGGAACCAAACUGAUAGCCGCCUGGGCUGGCAUUGCAAUAUAGAUAUAUAUGCGUCUGGCCAUGGAGUAACAUAUUGCACCAUUAUCAAUUUCCUAGACAGAGGUUGCACAUCCAUCUACUUUCACAUAUUUUAUGCAUUGAGCUUCGUCCAUCAUGGACGUUGAAAGCACCCCAAAACUGGCGGCCAAGGACCACGCACAGAUCAACCAACUCGAGAAAGCCUCAAUUGAUGAUGAUGGCACAAGUCACGCGAGCACGAUGUACAUCGACCCGGUAGCGCAGCGUAAACUGCUGUUCAAGCUGGACAUGUACUUGUCCCCGGUUAUGACUCUGAUUUUCCUCACGGCAUACCUUGAUCGUGCGAACAUCGGAAAUGCGGCGUCGGCUGGGCUAAUCACGGACUUGGGGCUGGUUGGAAACCAGUUUGGAAAUGCCGUGACGCUUUUCUACGUCCUCUAUGUCGCAUUUGAACUCCCGUGCUCGCUGGUCCUGAAGAAAUUCCAUCCUCGACGCAUGAUCCCCGCCCUCAUGUUCUGCUGGGCCUGCGUCAUCAUCGGCAAUGGCUUCGUGAAAAACGCCGGUCAACUAUACGCCUGCCGCCUUCUCCUUGGCGCCUUUGAAUCCGGCAUGUUCCCCUGCCUAUGCCUCUACCUCUCCACUUUCUACACGCCUGGCGAGCAAGCCGUCCGUAUCUCUUAUCUCUUCGUCGCGUCCGCUCUUUCCGGCGCUUUCGGCGGGCUCUUCGCGUUCGCGCUCCUGAAAAUGGACGGCAUUGCCGGCUUGGCAGGCUGGCGCUGGCUGUUCAUCAUUGAAGGCUGCGCCUCCGUCGUCGUCUCGAUUGUGAUCUACUUCGUGCUCCCGAAUAACUUUGAGGAGGCACGCUUCCUGACAGAGGAUGAUAAGGCGUUAAUGCGCUUGCGUGCGGAAGCCCAUGCACGAUAUAAUGGGAAGCCGCAAUUCGACUGGGCGGAGGUCAAGAAGGCGCUUACGGACCCGAAGCUGUAUAUUAGCUGCUGGAGUCAGUUUAUGGGCGAUACUUGCUCGUUUGGCUUGUCGACUUUUAUGCCUAUCAUCAUCAAGGGUUUUGGUUUUGAUACUGUUACGACGCAGCUUUUGACUAUUCCCAUCUACCUCUGGGCGUCGGGAGCUUACAUCCUGGUCAGUUGGAUGUCCGAUAGGUACAAUAGCCGUGCCGCGUUUAUGCUCCCGGGUGUCAUCGUCACGGCUAUUGGAUAUGCAGUCCAGCUCGCAGUCCCGCAAGCCAAUCGUGCUCCACUGUAUUUUUCUGUGUUUCUCAUCGCACCAGGAAUCUACAUCAUGGUCGGCCUGAACUGCACGUGGCUCCUAAAUAGCCAUGCGGGAUACUACAAGCGUGCGACUGCCAUUGGUGUCAACCAGACUUUGGGCAACUGCGCCGGUCUGAUUAUUGGGCAGAUCUUUAAGGAUUCAGUGGGCGGGAAGUAUGUCACGGGUCUGAGUGUCAGCCUGGGUGCGGUGCUACUAGCGGGUGUGGGUCACUCGUCAUUGUGGGUUUUGUUGAGACAUCAGAAUGCGAAGAGAGAGAAGUUGACGCCAGAAGAGAGGGAGGAUGCAAUCUUGAAUGGAAAGGGAGGUGACUUCCAUCCAGAUUACAGGUAUACGCUGUAAUAUUUUCUGUCCCAAACUUAGUUUCACCAUUUUAUUUUAGUGUUUUGGGCCAGAACACAUAUAUAUACAAAUUUGUUAAAGAUUUAAAAGCGAGCUGGGAGCAUGUGAUAUAUAUGUUCUGAUCUGUUUGUUGCCUAAAUAUCCGUACGUUGGGG